AGGAGUGGUAGCGGCCAGGCAGGCCAGCUUCGCGAAGGCUCUCGGUGCGCGGAGGCCCCCAGGCAGCCGGCACGUGCCCGCCCCGCCGCCACGAUGCCCAAGAGGAAGGUCAGCUCCGCCGAGGGGGCGGCGAAGAAGGAGCCCAAGAGGAGGUCAGCUAAACCUGCUCUUGCAAAAGUGGAAGCGAAGCCAAAAAAGGCGGCGGGAAAGGAGAAAUCUUCAGACAAAAGAGUGCAAACAAAGGGGAAAAGGGGAGCAAAGGGAAAACAGACUGAAGUGGCUAACCAAGAAACAAAAGAAGACUUACCUGCAGAAGACGGAGAAACUAAAAACGAGGAGAGUCCAGCCUCUGAUGAAGUAGGAGAGAAAGAAGCCAAGUCUGAUUAGUAUCAUAUCCCAUGUCUUACCAGUGGUCCCUGUCUCCCUUCUUGUACAAUCCAGAGGAA